AAGAAAACAUUAAGGAUGCCUGAGCCGGCGAAAUCUGCUCCAGCACCGAAGAAGGGCUCUAAGAAGGCGGUCACUAAGACCCAGAAGAAGGGUGACAAGAAGCGCAAGAGGGCAAGGAAAGAGAGCUACUCCAUCUACGUGUACAAGGUGCUGAAGCAGGUGCACCCCGACACGGGCAUCUCGUCCAAGGCCAUGAGUAUCAUGAAUUCUUUCGUCAACGACAUCUUCGAGCGCAUCGCGGGCGAGGCCUCGCGCCUGGCGCACUACAACAAGCGCUCCACCAUCACCUCGCGGGAGAUCCAGACGGCCGUGCGCCUGCUGCUGCCCGGCGAGCUGGCCAAGCACGCCGUGUCCGAGGGCACCAAGGCUGUCACCAAGUACACCAGCUCCAAGUAAAAGGAUAUAAAUUAUAAACCAAACGGCUCUUUUAAGAGCCA